UAGAAUGGCUGAGAAGGUUUUUGUUUGCUGGCUGUGUCCUCAGACUUGACACAGUCUCAAAACGCUGCCAACGAGACCGAGCUCUAGAACGUAGAUACCCCCGCUGAGCCCCUCUUCCAGGACCCGUCUCGACAUCCAACAACUCGGCACGUGGAAAUUCCUUCACAACGUAUCAGACAGAAACAUAAUCACUCAUCGCUCCAUAUCCUAGAAAGCAGAUAACCACCGUUUACUCUUGUAUCUGCCAUCGCAAAGUCCACCAUCACAUCGCCCAGCAUGCCCAUCUCAGUCCGCCCAGUCGCCGCCCUCGACCUCGCCACACUGGAGCGCUGCAGCACCGUCGAGCUCGCCGCCUUCGCAAGCGACUUCCACUCCCUUGCCUUCCCCGGCCCGUUCCCGGAGGACCGCGCCGAGACGAAAGCCCAGGCGCUGUCCACCACCAUACAGAACGACGGGUGCCGCGUCUUCGCGGCGUGGGCCGUCGACGACGAGGGCUCCGAGACGCUCGUUGGCUGUGCGCGGUGGUUCGUCUAUCGCAAGAGCAUGCCGGAGCCCGAGCUGCAUAGUUUCGGCCCCGGCGUGCACGUUGCGGCUGCGACGGAGAUGCUCGGUGCGAUUGAUGGCCUGCGGAAAGCGAAUUCCAGCGGCAAGCCUUGUGUUUGUGAGUUCUCUUGGCAGCUGGGGGGGCUAUUUGGUGUUGGAGGGGGUCAAGGGUCAGAGGAAAAGGUGUCUGUAUUGGGAAACUAUUCUGCAGGGCAGGACGGUGCCUGGAACUAA